UACAAAUUAUGAUUGAAUUAGUCAGCCUUUAGAAAGAUUUUUUCAUUCCGUUUUUAAAAGUUAUUUUGUCGACUUUUUCUUUCUUAAUCGCUCGAGACCUGGAGCGGCCAACUUAACUAAAACGGAUCAUUAAUAUUAAAAAGUUCAACAAUGUCUUCGAAUUAUAACUAUAAUUACAUCGCUCAACUAAACUCUCUAAAUCCAGUCACAGCACCUGAAAUGUCCGAUGAGGAUCUAGCCAGAGAAUUAGAAUUCUGGUCUAAUACUCAAUUUAUUGAAGUUUCACCUGGAAUGAGCUUGUUAGAUGAUGAGUUUUCAACUAUUGAUACGAAACUUGAUCAAAAUGUUACUCAGCCUAUGAUGGUUCAACACGAACUUACUACCCUUACUGACCAAACGCAAACACAACAAACUUUACAUUAUCCGUUAUUCUUUCCAACUCCGAACUCACUCGUACCGAAUCGUUUGCAGCCUAUUACAAUUGCAACUUCCUCUAACGAUAAUUUUACGCCUAUAUUUCCAGCUACUCCUAUAGCUCCAGUUAACGUCUCAUCAAACGUUUCUAAUAAUUCGGUAAUUUUAUCAAAAGAAACACAAGAAAAUUCCCCAAACUCAACACCUACUACUACAAAGAUCACAACAGACUCUACAUCCACAGUCUCUACAAAAGCUACUACCAAAACCACCACUUCUACUAACACUACUCCUUCAUCUACAAGUGGCCCAAAUCGUAAGAAUUCAUCAGCAAAAUCAAAUCAUUCAUCUACUUCAGAAACGACACAAAGUGGAUCUACUGAAACAAAAGAAGGUGAAAAAGAUGCUGACCAUGCCGCAAAGUUAGCUGCUGAAGAAGAUAAAAGGAGGAGAAAUACUGCCGCAUCUGCUAGAUUUCGUGUAAAGAAAAAAAUGCGUGAACAAGCACUUGAAAGAACCGCAAGAGAAAUGACUGCUAAAGCCGAAAUGUUUGAAGGCCGCGUGAAGGAACUUGAAAUGGAAAUUAAAUGGUUAAGGAGUUUAAUUGUAGAGAAAGAUGCCAGACUUUUGGAUGUUGAACGUCCAGGAAAAAGAAAAAAGAAAGCUGAAAGUGAAGAUGAUGAUGACGAUGACGAUGAUGACGAUGAUGAUGAGAAAGAAAAAGAAGUGAAACGGGAACGGAAUGGCCAAACGAACAAAAAGGAGUAAAGAAAUUAACGUCACUUUCAAAAAUUUUUUCUAGGCUUUAUUCGCACCUAAACGAUGCGUGAACAAUGAAAGUCUAACCUGUUUCAUUAUCUUGUUUUAAUUGAUGUUUUAUUUGAUCUAGGGUUUUUUUAUCUUCGGAAUAUUGUCCUUUACACUGAUCUUUUUGUAUUAUUUGCUUGAUAUUUAUAAUAUAUUGAUGAGUAGUGUUCUUUUGUGUGUUUUUUGCAUGUUUCGAAUUAUAAAUAGGGAUAAUUUUGAAUUAUAUGUCCAAGCUUAAGAUCGAUAAUGAUGAUUUUAUUAAGAAAAAAAUUUACGCAUAAUAAUGAAAUAUUUAUAGAUAA